AGGCGGAAGAACUCACGUUCACAGCAUCCUAGGAAGUAGGAACAAAAACCCGAAAACCUUUUGCUUUAUCCCCUGCGCGUCCUAGAGGUUUGGGAGGUAAACGGCGGCCAUGGUGAUGGUGGACGCGCUCCACGGCGAAUCGGCAGCGGCGGUCGCGGACGAGCUCUUCGGCGGCGGCACCGGCAGCGCCGACCUCCAGGCCUUCUUUGACCACGCGGCGCUGGAGGUGAAGGCUAGCGGCGGCGGCGGCGAGGAGGGGGAGGAGGAGCUGGAGUGGCUGUCGAACAAGGACGCGUUCCCGGCUGUGGAGACGAUGGCGCCGGCGGGGGCGCGGCCGCGGACGAAGGCCGUGCGGCGGCCCCGGCGGGUGGUGGCGUGGAGCACGGAGGGGCGGCAGUGCCGGCACUGCGGGACAGUGGAGACGCCGCAGUGGCGCGACGGCCCGGAGGGGCGCCGCACGCUGUGCAACGCGUGCGGCGUGCGGUACAGGACCGGCCGGCUGUUGCCGGAGUACCGGCCGCUGAAAAGCCCCACCUUUUCCCCGGAGCUGCACUCCAACAGGCACCGCCGCGUCGUCGAGUUGCGCCGCCGCGGGCAGGACUCGAUAAAGGCCUCCCCUGCCACCGCCGGCGACGGCGAGGAGGGGGGAGAAGAGCUGGGGUGGCUGUCGAACAAGGACGCGUUCCCGGCGAUGGAGAUGAUGGUGCCGACGGGGGCGCGGCCGCGGACAAAGGGCGUGCGGCGGCCCCGGCGGGUGGUGGCGUGGAGCCCGCCGCCGCCGCCCAGGACGCCGGCGGCGGCUGCGAGGCGGCAGUGGAGUCGGCGAGGAGGAGGAGCUGGAGUGGCUGUCGAACAAGGAAGCGUCCCCGACGUUGGUGACGAUGGCGCCAGCGGCAGCGCGACCGCGGGCGAAGGGCGUGCGGUGGCCCCGGCGGGACGGCGGUGCCAGCACUGCGGGACAGAGGAGACGCCGCAGUGGCGCGUGGGCCCCGAGGGGCGCCGCACGCUGUGCAACGCGUGCGGCGUGCAGUACAGGGGCGGCCGGUUGGUGCCGGAGUACCGACCGCUGAACAGCCCCACCUUCUCCCCUGCGCUGCACUCCAACAUCCGCAGCCGCGUCAUCGAGAUGUGCCGCCGCCGGGAGGAGUCGGCCAAGGCCUUCCCCGCCGCCGACAGCGCCAUGUGAAGCAGGGUUAAUUAACAACACAAUUUGUCAAUUUUGCCUGAUGAUCAGUCUAAUCUAGAGGUUUAAGCUUUUGGCCCUUCCUAUUGGUUUUAGGAAUAGUACCGUUUCCAAGGACUUACUGAUGCACGUUUGUUUUAGCUUUAGAUUACGAUUUAGAUUGCGAGUUAGUUUAUAGAAUAUUUUGAAGUUUUUUCCUAUUAGAUCGUAGAUUAUGGGAUUUUAUAGUAUAACUUAUCAGCUUCUAUAUUGGGAAAAUUUAUUUUUACUUUUA